GGAGAGCAGUCGAUGAUGGCGUCACGGCGUGAGUGAUGGGGUUACAAACCCAGGGAGGCCACCAGGUUUGUAACCUGGGUUACAAACCCAGGUGCCGGCAACCACCAGAAACUAGGAGGUAGGCUUGGGUAGUUUCUCCCUCAACACUGGCGAAAAGAAGUCAACUCCGCCAACACUUUGGUCUUCCCACUUCUGGCUUCUGAGCUGCAAGAGUCAUAAAUCAGCACAGAAGCUCAGAAAGCAAAGACAAAUUCUUCAACAAUGUCAUACCGACGAGAACUAGAGAAAUACCGUGACCUGGAUGAAGAUGAAAUCCUUGGAGCCCUCACAGAAGAAGAGCUCAGGACGCUGGAAAAUGAACUGGAUGAGCUGGACCCUGAUAAUGCACUGCUGCCCGCAGGCCUGAGGCAGAAGGAUCAGACCACCAAGGCGCCCACAGGCCCCUUUAAAAGGGAGGAGCUCUUGGAUCACUUGGAAAAGCAAGCAAAGGAGUUUAAGGACCGAGAAGAUCUGGUCCCCUACACAGGCGAAAAGCGAGGAAAGGUCUGGGUCCCCAAGCAAAAGCCAAUGGAUCCUGUGCUGGAAAGUGUGACGCUGGAGCCGGAGCUGGAGGAGGCCUUGGCAAACGCCUCGGAUGCAGAACUCUGUGAUAUUGCAGCUAUCCUGGGCAUGCACACGCUCAUGAGCAACCAGCAGUACUACCAGGCGCUGGGCAGCAGCUCCAUCGUGAACAAGGAGGGCCUCAACAGUGUCAUCAAACCCACACAGUACAAGCCUGUGCCUGAUGAAGAACCAAAUUCAACAGACGUAGAGGAAACGCUGGAGCGGAUAAAGAGCAACGACCCGAAACUUGAAGAGGUUAACCUCAACAACAUCCGGAAUAUCCCCAUUCCCACCCUCAAGGCAUAUGCAGAAGCCCUGAAAGACAACACACAUGUUAAGAAGUUCAGCAUCGUGGGGACACGGAGCAAUGACCCCGUGGCAUAUGCCCUUGCCGAGAUGCUCAAGGUAAACAAGGCGUUGAAGACGUUGAAUGUGGAAUCCAAUUUCAUUUCUGGAGCAGGGAUCCUGCGCCUGGUAGAGGCCCUUCCACACAACACUUCUCUAGUGGAACUGAAAAUUGAUAACCAGAGCCAGCCCCUGGGCAACAAAGUGGAAAUGGAGAUCGUGAACAUGUUGGAAAAAAAUACAACACUUCUCAAGUUCGGCUACCACUUUACCCAGCAGGGGCCCAGGAUGCGGGCCUCCAAUGCCAUGAUGAACAACAACGACCUUGUGAGGAAGAGGAGACUUGCAGACUUGACUGGGCCCAUCAUUCCCAGGUGCCGGAGUGGCGUCUAGUGUGUGGCAGUGACGACCACGCCUUUGAACUGGACAUGUUCUACUGAGUAUCUGUGCUCUGCAGUGGAAACCAGAAGGCAAAAUGCCGGCACAAAGCCGUUUUGUGGUUCAGUUCUUUAUGCACUAGGUUUUAGUUUAACUAGUGGUUGUAGUUGAAAAUUUUAUAAACUAUGAUUAAUGUGAAGUUUUUCUUUAGUCACAGAAGUUCAGUCUGAUUAUUAUUUAAAAACUAAGAAGUUCCCAAACCGGCAGAUUUUACUGGAGGAUCUUACAGUAGCAGUGACUUAAUCCCACAGCUGUUCCAGUGGCCUUGCUGUGUGGUUUCAGGUGCAUUUAAAAUGUGCAACACAUAAGCAGCACACUCUUUAGAAACAUUAUAAAACACUUCGUUACAAAUUUGAUCUUAGCUACUUAGCAAACAGAUAAUCAUUCUUUA